GGGAGGGGGUUCGGCCGCCCGCUUCCCCCGGCGCCCCAGAGCCUCAGGGAGGGCCGGGCACGGGGCGGCAGAUACCAUUAUUGUUGUUGUUGUUGUUAUUGGCCGGGCACGGGGCGGCAGAUACCAUUGUUGUUGUUGUUGUGGCAGAUACCAUUGUUGUUGUUGUUGUUGUUACAGUAUUAUUAUUAUUCACUUAUUUAUACCCCGCCUUUUCCCCUGACUGGGUCUCGAGGCGGCUUGCAAAUAAGAGCAGGUUAAAAGCAUACGUGGCGCAAAAAGGGGCGCGUGGGUGAAAGUGGGGGGCAGGCCCUUUGAGCGAGGUCCUGGCAGAGCCGGCCCACCCCUGAGGCAAGGUGAGGCGACGGCCUCAGACGGCAGGAUCCCCAGGGGCAGCAGCAGAUCCCCGAUGCAGAUCUUUAUUCCCCAUUGUUUUUCCCCGAUAGAGAUCUUCCCUCGCCCCUUCUUCCCUGGUAGGAAAGGGGGGGGUGCCCUUUUGUGGUCGGACUCAGGUGCCCGAAAUGUCUUGGGCAGGACCUGUAUCUGUGCAUGUCUCUGCGUGGGUUUAUUUCCUAACGUUUUAUAUACUGCUUGAUGUUUUAGAAAAAGAAGGAGAAAUAGGAAUCCUAGCCACCCUCGAAGCAGUAUAAUAUGCCCACUCAAGAUGUAUUUCAGCACGUUGUCACUUGUCAGGCCCAGGCGGCAACAGUCUGUGGUUAAGAAAUAUUUAUAAGCACUUUCUUAAGAAAAAGAGAGAGGUGUGCUGUAAUACCAUGGCAGGACUCUUUGGUGGUGUGUGCCCACAUAUAGCCUAUUUUAUAGCCAGUGGUUUAUUUCUGAAAAAGCAAUCAAUCUUGGCAAGAAGAAUGUGGCCUAGAAGUGCUUAGCGGAGAGAGGCACUUUGCACACACUCAGAGGCACACUGCUACUACUGGGCAUGGAGGAAAUGGGGUGUUAGAGAGAACAAAGAGGGUACCCUGCCCACCUUGGGAUCUGGCCCCGCCCCAUGCUGGCAUGCGCCCCCGAUAGUACCCAGGAGGAAAUGUGCCCUUUGACAGAAGCCAGGUCUCUCUAGCCCUGCUUUCAGAGGCUGUGACUUUCUGUUGUUUCUGCGCAUUAUGUGGCAGAAGUUCUAGCAUCACAAGCAGGUUCUGGAGCUUGAGAGCAGGUGGCUGCUGCUUUGGGCACUCCAAAGAGUGAUGCUGCUUGUGCCCCCCCAUCUCUGGGAAUAUCCUAGAAAUAACUUUCUCCUGCUCUUCUCUUAGGCCAUUCCAACCGUUCAGCUAGACUUCUUUCAUCAUGGGGGAAAGAAAAGGAGUCAAUAAGUAUUACCCACCCGAUUUUGAUCCAGCCAAGCAUGGCUCCCUUAAUAAGUACCGCAACAGCCAUCCGCUACGGGAAAGAGCCCGUAAACUCUCCCAAGGUAUCCUCAUCAUCAGGUUUGAGAUGCCUUAUAAUAUCUGGUGUGACGGCUGCCAGAACCACAUUGGCAUGGGUGUUCGCUACAAUGCUGAGAAGAAGAAGGUUGGCAACUACUACACAACCCCCAUCUACAGGUUCCGUAUGAAAUGUCACCUUUGCCCCAACCACAUUGAGAUGCAAACGGACCCAGCCAACUGUGAUUAUGUCAUCGUCAGCGGUGCCCGGCGCAAGGAAGAGCGCUGGGACGUGGAAGCGAAUGAGCAGAUAGUGGCCACAGCCCAUGAGGAGAAGCAGAAGCUGGAGACAGAUGCCAUGUAUCGGCUGGAGCAUGGCUCAAAGGAUCAGAGCAAGCUACAGCGAGCCCUCCCCACCCUGCAGAACAUCCAAGAGGCUCAGAGCGCCUGGAAAGAUGACUUUGCGCUCAACAGCCGCCUUCGCCGGAAAUUCAGGGAAGAAAAGAAAGUCCUGCAAGAGGAGGAGAAGAAAGAUCUUGCCCUGCAGUCAAAAGCAAGCCUGAGCAUCCCACUUGUGAGAGAGUCUGACGAAGACCGCCAUCUGGCGGCGCUUCUCAAGUACCAGAGCCUUGGCUCUUACGAAGACAAACAGAAGCAAAAACGCAGUGAGAUCGUUGACCGCCCAUGGUUCUCAUCUGCCCAGGUCUCGAGCCCCAAAGCCAAUGACACCCUGAAAAAGCUGGCACUCUCGGGGAAAUCCCCAGCUGGCAAGCCGCCUGUAGCGAUGAACGACCUGGGUGUUGUGCGUCGGAAAUCCAGGGAUAGGGAACGAGCUUCGACCGAGGAGGAGAGUGAGGCUUCAGAUUCCACAUCAUGUGCUAACAGGCAGGACCAGGACAGUGCAAUGAGGAAAGUGUCCCUUGACUCUCUCACAGGGCCUGAAGUGGGCUCCCAAAAGGCUGAAGAAAACCCCCUAUCCCAUUUUGCUACCUCUCUUGUCGCAGAUUAUUCUGACUCUGCAUCUGAUCCUGAAGCUGAACUGUGAAGAGAGUUUUGUGGCACUGUAUAUAAUGUGACUGGACCUGAUGUACAAAUUGUCAUCCCCCCCAAACCAACAAAAGACUCUGCAGUUGUUAUGCCUAUCAGUUGAAUGUCUGAAUAGGUGUGUGUGUGUGUGUGUGUGUCCGCCCUUGGGAGUUCCAUUUUGCUGCCUUUCCUUGAGCUGGUUAUUUAAGCAUGAACCCUUCCUUGUUUUGUCCAACAUACCACAAAAUAAACACAGCUAUCCCUAUAGCCCUGCCUCUUUUGUCCUGACCAUAGUCUUGACAGCUGCUUACAUAGAAUCAGAGAAUUGUAGAGCUGGAAGGGACCGCGAGGCUCAUCUAGUCCAACCCCCCUGCAGUGCAGGAAUCUUUUGCCCAACAUGGGGCUUGAACACAUGACCCCGAGAUUAAGACUCUUGUGCUUUUCUGACUCAGCUAUCCAUUAGUUGAAUGCAGAGGUCACCAACCUGGGUUUGCAGGGAAAGGAAAGAAGCUGAAAUCAGGCAUCUUUGUAUACGUGUAAAGCAUAAAAGCCUUUUGAACUCAUAUUUCUAAAACAGAGAUUCCACACAUGGUACCACACAUGGUAGACUCUGUGGCACUCCCAGAUACCUCCCAUUCUUGUUUGAAUGAUGGGUUUCUUUUCUUUUUCUCUUUGGAGGGGUUGCCUUCCUGCUAUUGGGGGAGGGGGUUGAACAUUGUCAACUUAUCUGUCAAAAGGGUAUUUUGGGGUGUCUGAUUUUCCAAAUAUGCUCCAGGCCUGAAAAAAUCGGGGACUCUUCUCCAAAAUUGGUCAAGAGACCAAUUAUUUUGAUAAUAUGUCAUUGGUAUCAUCAAAAAUACUGAGUAACAUCAAUUUUGGACAACAAACAAUAGUUUCUCUAGUAAUAUUUAUCAUUUCUGUGAAAAUUAAAUUCCAAAAAUUGUGCACCAGCUGUCAUUCCCACCAUGACCGAUAUGUACCAGAUGCAUUGCAGCCCCUCCAACAAUAGGUAGGUGCUUUGGAAGAAAACAUUUUUGACAUUUGCAAAGGAGUGUGAUAACAUCAGUGUAGCAAUGUUAAGGAGAUUUUCCUAAGAAAACUGGAAACAGAUUUUAAGGGUCGUGAUUUCCAAAUUUUAUUCCAAUCCUUGGGAAUAAUAUGUUUACCAAUUUCUAGUUCACAUAUUUUUAAGGAGUGUCCAUGGAUCCAUAAUUUACAUUAAGCAACAUUGCAUACAAUUUAAGGGGGGGGGGGAAUGUUGUCAAAUAUCUAGAACCAUUUGCUCCAUCCACUUAGAUCAGAGUUUCCCAAACUUUCCAUGUUGGUGACACACAUUUUAGACAUGCAUCAUUUCAUCACACAGUAAUUCAGUUUUCCUAACAAACCUGAGGUUAAACUAACCCUUUUUUUAUCUCCUGGAGGAGCGUGGGGAGCAUUUGUUGUGACACGCAGUUUGGAAAGCUUUUAGAUUUUCGCUUGUGGAAAAGG